AUGGGGGAAAAAAAUCAAAAAGGGUGGGGAGCAGACUGCUGCUGCUGCCGCCGUCCCGCGUGGAGCAGCCGCGCUAGGGGCCCGCUCCCGCUGCUCCGCCGGUCCGCUCGCCGCUCGUACAGCACCGCACCAUUGCCGGGGGUAGCUGGGCCGCCGCCGGGCCUUUUUGUUGCUCGGCGAUGUCACGACCCCGGAGGCUCGCGGGCCCGCGCCAAUCACAGCCGCCCUGUGGGAGCGGGCUGCGGCCCCGCACCGGCUUUUAAAGGAGACGCCGCCUCCCUCCGUUCCUUCCCUCCCUCUUCCCUCGCCCGCUCCCUCCCUCGCCCGCUCCCGCCCGGGUCGCGGGACAAGGGCGGCCGUCCCGUCCCCUUAAGGGAUCCUUCUGAGCCGAUCUGGGAAGCACCACCGGCCUGGUCCCGCGUUCCGCUCCAAACACGGCCGCCUGGAGCGGGACUGGACCGGACCGGACCGAACAAUGAUCCCUUGUGCGGCCCCCGAGCGCUGUGCUGCGCCGCCACAAAUCGGAUUAACGCUGUGCCCCGGGCUGUCGAGGUGGUAAAGUGUGAAGGUCACAUAAGAUGUGGCUGCCCUCCAGUGGUGGAAAUGCGGCGGAUCUCCAGUCCCGACACGGCAACCCCAUCGCGAAGCAGCCCGCGGGCCCCAGCCUCCGCCUGGCACCUGCCCCAGGGCCCAAGGGCGCUCCCUACGCGAACACUGCUCACGCUGUCGCUUCCCUGGUUUGCAGUCCCUGUUCGGCUGCGUACAGGCUCGGAGGGUGACAGGUGGCAGGGGUGAAGAAGGCAGGUCCACGCUCAGGGAGUUAGAAUUCCCAAUCCUGACCAUGUCCUGGUGGCAAAUCUUUUAAUCCUAAUGAAAUUUAGCAACGCAGGGCUAGGGACGAAUCCUUUGUCCCUUCUCUUGCUCGGCUGCUUGGACUCCGCGGUAUGUGAUAUCUAGCAGUUUAGGGUCCCCACCAAAGCCAAAGUCAUCAGUAUAGUCAUUAGCCGGGGUCCCGGUGUUAGCCCAAGGCUCCAUCCCGGCAAAGUGAUUGCCCCACAUGGGGCAAUGUCUCUCAAGGGCUUAAUUUGCAAAAGACAUAGACAGCUUUUGAUACCUUGAGCUACUGUGGAGAAAGAUUUAAAGCAGUAACAACAGAGAGAGCUCCAUUACCAGAUCCUCCGUUGGGAGCAGCCUUUUCCCCCAUCUUACAGCUUUUCAGCAAAGGAAACCCACUGAUUUCAGGCAGGAAUUCAUCACAUUUUGGCUUCUUGACUUUCCUAUCAUGUUAGAGUGACUUCCAUCUGCACCAACAAAACGUAGCUGCAGGAUAAGGUGCUCACACGGAGAGUUUUGUACCAGUGUAACAAACCAUGUUAGGACCACACCAGCAUAAUUAAAGAGCUGGAAAAUCUCCUUCAUACCAGAAGCUCCCAGCACUUGUUAACCUGUUUUUUAUUCUCGCCACUGUGCAUACAGCAGGAGAAGUAACACCGAGAUGAAAUCUUUCCAAAGUUUUGUUACUUUUCCGUUGCACAGAUAAUGCUUAAUUUUAUGACUUCCUGCAAGUCUUUAGCGUGAACUGAAGGUGCGUGCAUUGUGACUUCAGGGUAUGCCAAUUAUGUAAAGCAACACUAAAAUAACAAUGGCAACGUAGUUUACACAUCACUGACAUUAAAUGAGCACUUCAACUUCUAAUUGCCAUUCCAGUUCAAUCUAUAGUGGGUCAUGCCAGGAAAAAGUCAUUUCUUGCCUCAACACUUACUCUUGUGCCUGGAGCAUAGGCUGUACUGUAUGCUCAGGUUCAUGUUAUCUCCAGGAGCCUUCUAUAUUAGGAUGAUGAUCCUUGUAAGGAAAAAAUGUGUUUGUGGUUGUUCUGAAGGCCUGCAGAUACUCUGAGCUGAUAUCAAGAGGCUUUUGCAGCUUUGCCCUUCACUGGUGAAAGGUCUAGAGAACAAGUCCUGUGAGGAUUGGCUGAGGCAGCUGGGGUUUAGCCUGGAGAAAAGGAGGCCAAAGGGGGAAUUUACCACUCUAAAGCUCCCUGAAAGGAGGUUGGAGCCAGGUGACUGUCAGUCUCUUCUGCCAUGUAAUAAGCAACAGGACAAGAGGAAAUGGCCUCAAGUUGCACCAGGGGAGAGGUUUAGGUUAGACAUUAAGAAAAUUUUCUUCACUGAAAGGGUUGUCAAGCAUUGGAACAGGCUACCCAGGAAAGUGGUGGAGUGACCAUCUCUAGAGGUAUUUAAAAGAUGUGUAGAUAUGGCAUUUAGGAACGUGGUUUAGUGGUAAACUUGGCAGUGUUAGAUUAAUGGCUGGGACUGACGAUCUUAAAGAUCUAUUCCAACCUUAAUGAUUCUAUGAGUCUGAAUAAAUAGGUUUUCAUAGUCUUCUGUUCUCUGGGCCAUAAAAGAAAACAUUUCAUAGGAUCAUAAAAUGGUAGGGGUUGGAAGGGACCUUCAGAAAUUGAGUCCAACCCCCCUGCCAAAGCAGGAUCACCUAGGACAGGUCGCACAGGAAUAUGCCUAAACAGACCUUGAAAAUCUCUGGAGAAGGAGACUCCACAACCUCUUUGGAUAGCCUGUUCCAGGGCUCUGACACCUUCACCGUAAAUAAGUUUUUCCUUAGGUUGAGGUGGAACUUCCUGGGUUCCUGUUUGUGUCCAUUGCCCCUUGUCCUGUCACAAGACAUCACUGAAAAGAGACUGGGCCCUUCUUGACACCUACACUUCAGACAUCCUUGUAGCCUCUGUUGGACACUCUCUAGUCUACCGCUGUCCCUCUUGAACUGGGAAGCCCAGAACUGGACACAAUACUCCAGAUGCAGUCCCACUAGGGCAGUGUA